AUGGCCGAGUUUCAACGGCUCGGGAUUCAGCCAUGGCUAUCAAAGCAGUGCACCUACAUGGCGCUCGAGACCCCGACCCCAAUUCAGCGCAAAUGCAUCCCGGCCAUCCUGGCUGAUCACCACGUCGUCGGCGGUGCCGCGACCGGCUCGGGCAAGACAGCCGCCUUUGCCCUUCCCAUCCUACAGAGACUCGCGGCCGACGCGUACGGCGUCUUUGCCCUUGUGCUAACGCCCUCCAGGGAGCUGGCGUACCAGAUCAUUGACCAGUUCAUCGCCUUCGGCGCCCCGCUGCAGGUGCGCACGAUGCUUUCCAUUGGCGGUGUGCCGACGGAGACACAAGUGGACGCCUUGAAGGCACGGCCUCACAUCGUCGCCGCGACCCCGGGACGACUCCGCCACCUGCUGGAGACAUUCGCGCCGGAGGUGAGCAAGGCGUUCGCCCAUCUACGCUACCUGGUGCUGGACGAGGCAGACAGACUGACGGAGGGUGACAUUCUACACGAUGUCCGGUCGCUGCUGCGGCUGCUUCCGCCGAGGGCGCAGCGGCGGGUACUGAUGUUCACGGCGACGCUGCAUCCUCGGCUCACCACACUGGAAGCCCCGCAGGCAGAGCGGCGCUUACCUGCAAGUAGUGGUGCGACAAGGGAGUGUGAGGGAGAAACCCCCACUGUGUCUUUCUCACCACCGCUGCUGCAGCCGCAGAAGAGCGAGGACGACAAUGCGGCAGAGCACUUCUCUCUACUGGCAGAGCUCGGCAUCACGGAUGCAUCAACCUUAAUGGUGGCGGUGGUGCAAGGAGCCAUCCAGGCAGGCUCCGACCACGCCAUGGCAAGCGGAAGCACGGACGCCGCUGGUUACUCCACCAGCUCCGCGACAGCGCUGACGCAGCCGGGUAGCUCGACGUCGUUCCACCUCCCGGAGACGCUUACGCAAAACUACCUGUUCCUCCCGAACAUGGUGAAGCUGCCAUACCUCGUGGCGGCGCUGCGCUUACACGGCAAAACCCAGUCCACCAUCGUGUAUGUCAACUCCUGCCUGCGUGCAGAGCUGGUGCGGCUGACACUGCAGCUGCUCGGCUUCCCAGUGUGCAGCCUGGAUUCGCUCCUGACACAGCAGCACCGGCUCGAUAACGUCGCCAGCUUCAAGCUAGGCAUCUCGCGCAUUCUUGUCUGCACCGACAUCGCGGCUCGCGGGCUCGACAUCCCAGCCGUUAGCCUGGUGCUGCACUAUGAUGUGCCAAAGCACGCGGAGACAUACGUGCACCGUGUGGGUCGUACCGCGCGUGCUGGCCGCGAGGGGACAUCGGUUGCACUCGUCACUGAGUACGACGUGAGUCUCGUGAAGCGCAUCGAGCAAAGGAUUGGCAACCGUCUCACCCUGUGGAAGUCCCCAGCAGCGAAGGAGUCAGCCAUUCUGCCGCUGUUGGACGAGGUGUCGUCCGCCAAGGUCCAGGCGAAGCAGCAAGUGACGGUGCAGUUCGCUGCCCGGGUGAAGACAAACAAAGCGCACGCAGCGCGUAAAAAAGAGGCACGCGCGCAGCUCCAGGCGGCGGCGCGUGCGGCGCGUUCUACGUACCCACCACGGACUCAGCGACAGCGCCGCUUGCCCAGCGCCGGAGCAAGUGCUGCUGCUGACACCACGGCUGACACAGCAGAGUCCGCCCCGCGAAGCCGGUUGAAGCGUUCACAUGGGUCUGUCGCCGCUCCCGAAGAUGCACCCACGCCGGCAAGCGGUGGUGUGAAGGCGGUGAUGAAUAGCGCCGUGGUGCACGACUGGGCUGCCGACGCCACCGCAUCGCGGAGGAAUGCAAUGCAGCAGCAGAGGACUAAAAAGAGCCCAACGUGGGACUCACACCGCAGUCCUGCUCGCAAGCGUGUUAAGAAGGCCGCGUAG